CAGCAGUUGUGGGUUUAAGUUCUAACUAGUGCAACGAGAAAGAAAAAUGUCGACUCUUUUUCAGCUUGGUGUUUUGCUUCUAGUUUUAGGAGCUGUGCAGUGCGAGGAGCAGAUCUCCAGCGACAAUGGCUUCAUGAUUAAAACAUACGAGCAUGCUGUGCAGCGAGGAGACAAACAACAGAUUACAUGUGUAUUGUGCAAGACAAUCUUGGAAUUAAUCUUAAGAUCUGUUGGAAGGAAACUCUCAAAGGCCAACAUCAAUGCUGCUCUAAACAAAGUGUGUAACCGAAAAAAAGUGAAAGACACAAGAACUUGCAUUAAAUUUGUUCAUAAAUACAAAGAUAAACUGGUUAAAUUCCUCAUGAGUGGAAAGGGUGCCUCUCAAAUCUGCAAGCUUCUUAGACUGUGCAUAUUUUUUUAAAUGAAAAAGUUUAAAAUAUUUCCAUUGUUUGUGCUCAUAUAUAGCCAAAAAAAAGGGUCACUUACCCUGAUGUUAUAUAAUAUAUUGUCAUGAAAGUGACACAGAUAUCAAAAUGCAUUACAAAGGCAAAAUGUAUGUAUAAAAUGUUAAUGUGUAUUGCAUAAAAUACUGAAUACACAUGAAUAAAUCAUUUUCAUAGCUACAGUAAAAAAACUGGAUUUGUUUAGUUGGUGUACAUGAUUCAAAUAAAUAAAAAAAAUUCAUAAACAUAAAAUACUAAAAUUUUUAAAUUACUUGCAUUUAAGUAAAUAUUUCAGCUGUAUCAAAAACACAACAUCCAUGACGAAAAGGUGUCGUGUUGCAGCAUCACAUUGUGAUAUUAUAUUGUAUAAAGAAAAUAUUAGGUCAAUGAUUGUGUGUUAAAUAUUGCUUUGUACCAUGUCACUGGGAGUAAAUUGCUUUUUAUUUACCAGGUCUAACAACACAAAUCACGUGUGUAA